GUCACCUGAGGCGGGAAUUGAACCCGGGUCUCUGGCGCUGCGAGGCAGCAGUGCUAACCACUGUGCCACCCUAAUUAAUUUAUAUUGGACUGAGUUUCUCUGCAAGUAGCUUCUGACAUGGAGAGGUCACUGUCCUGUUUUGAUUCUGAAAUGAGUCCAGUUUCUCUUCCCCAGGCCGUACAAAUUUUUCCCUUUCUGCAUUUAUCUGGUUCCUUUUUGAAAGUUCUGAUGGUGUCUGCUUUCACAGCCCCUUUAGGCAGUGUGUUCAGGAUCACAACCCACUACUAUGUCGAUUGUUAUUUUCUCCAUGUUGUUUCUCAUUAUUUUAUCAUUUAGUUUAAAUGUGUGUUGCUGAGCCACCCAUUCACAUACUCUGAAUUAAUUCUACCUUUACUUAUUCGUAAUAUCAAACAUCUCUCCCCUGAGAGCAGAGAAGAAACUGAUGUCUAAAAAGUGAAGACUUGCCCGUUCUCCUCCCAUCAAUGGCUUGUGUUCCACUGAGACUGGAGCAGUGAAGAAAUUAUGACGAGUGAGUCUCAUGAUAGACUGAGCACCCAGCCCCAUCAUACCCUGGAGGGUGAGUCUGACCUAGAACAGGAGGAUGAGCUGGAACUCCAGGCCCAGGAGUAUGUGGACCGGGUGUGGAACCCUGAAAUGUCUGGCCCCAGACCCCAAAGCUGUCCCCCAGAGCCAAGCAGCGAGACCCAGACUCGCAUCAGCAAAUCAAGUGCAUCAGACUUGAACGUGAAACUGCGUUCCAGCCAGGUGCUGGCUGGGGACACUGAUCAGUCAGGUCUGUUGUCCCUCCCCUGGGAGCUGGUGCUGGAGAUCUGCUCCUACCUGGAUGCCAGGUUUGUGCUCGGAGUGUUGCCGUUGGUUUGUCGAGCGUUCCAGUACGUCCUGACUGAUGAGGUGACUUGGAGAAUCCGGGCCCAGAAGAUCUUGGGGAUGAGCUACCCAGUAUUGGAAGGAAAGGAAUUUGAUUGGCCAUCAGCUUGUAUUGAGCUUGAGGAGCAUCUGUCUCUUUGGUCCACUAGUAAUCCAAAGGUUCAACAUUUCUCAUUGAAUGAUGGACAUUUUGCCUCAGUCGACACCGUCUUGUUGAUUCAGAAUGCUUCGCUGUGUGUUUCUGGAUCCAGGGAUCGGAAUGUGAAUAUCUGGGACCUGCGACGUUUAGGACAGGAUGGGGAAAAGGUGCUGGUGAAAACUCUCGGAGACCAACCACGGGGGACACACAGGGGUUGGGUUUGGGCUCUUGCAGCACAGGACCACAUACUCUGCUCUGGAUCCUGGGACAGUAGCGUCAAGCUCUGGGACAUGGCUUCAGAGGGGGCAGGAGUGCGAGAGAUCAGGGGGAAGGCAGCUGUGCUUUGUCUGGUUUACCGGCCUGAUGUACUGGUUACUGGAACAUAUGACAAGACUGUCACCUUGUAUGACCCACGAGCUGGUUACCCAAUGUUGUCCAGUUGGAAGCUCCACUCCAGCGCUGUGCUGUGUCUCGCUGCCAAUGACCACUUUGUCCUUUCAGGCAGUGAGGAUCGGACAUUAGUCGUGGUUGAUCGACGAACAAAUCACAUUCUCCAAAAGCUUCAGUUGGAUUCCUAUCUAUCGACCAUGUCUUACGCUCACGGUGAGCUGUGGGCUGGGGACAAGUGGGGACUGGUCCAUGUCUUUGACGAAAAGGGUGGCAGCUUCCAACACGUCAAGUGUUUUAAUGUUGGUCACCGCUCACAGCUCACAGGAAUCAAGCAUUCCCUUGGAACCUUGUACACUUCAUCAACUGAUAAAAGCAUCAAGGUACAUGUGCCAACAGAGCCCCCACACACAAUUUGCACUUUACCACACGUUGAUGUAAUGAAUGGGAUCAGUGUGGAGGGAGACAUCUUGGCAGCUGCUUCUGGAUCGAUGUCUGUGGAAAUCUGGAGGAGCAUAAAGUGACCAAGAGACUGGUUUGAGUUUGGAGUGUGGUUCGGGUUCCUAAGGGACACUCGGUUGUCAGACCACCCCACCUUUACCAGGGCUGCAAGCAGGCGACUGGUGCUCUUGGCAGGAGGGGGUGGUUCCCCCUCUUAAACACACCUACUCAUGUCAUGUGACUGCAAACUCCUCCCUCCUGCCAAAUGUCCUAAUGCAUUAAAUUCCUAUUGAUCGAGACACUUUAUACAUUAAUAUUGUUAUGGUCGUCACUUGCAUCCCACACUUCCAUGGUGACGGUGGAAGGUGCUGGUACUGUAGAAUUGAGUGCCCAUGGCCAGUGAAUUGGGCCACAGUUUUCCUUCAGCCUCUGUCCUGGGGUGAGUUUCUGGAAAGCUCUGACUGUUUAUCCCUUUGUGAGCCAGUGCACUCCCACAACCAAGCAGAGACAGUACAAUGUGUCUGUGGAACGGUUGACCCACAGAUCUUGCUGCUGUGUGAUUGAGAAAAUAACACAUUUCACAGGGUUAACACUAGCCAUUGGGUCAGUGCCACUCACUGAGACCUGUCGUGAGUAUUAAACCUGCAGCACUGACUGGUGGUUAAGCUGAGCACUGGUAAGUGGUAAUCUCCCAAUGUCAUGGCAACUACACCGUGUAGACCCACCCCCCGAUCCAGGUCAGGUCCCUGUGAUGGGGUUUGGGCUGUAGUUUUUGGCAGCCUGUGCUCUGUAAGUUGGUGAUAUCAACAGGAACCUCAGGUGCUGCAGUUCCCCAUCUGUCGGAUUUCUCAGGCUGGUGUCACAGCCCAAGAUAAUGCAUGUUCAAAUCCCUCUCACAGCUUCGGUGCUCAUAUCCAUGAGCCGAGCCGAGCCAAGCCAAGGGAGUACGGUGCUGCCAGAGCCGCCAUUAGGUUGAGAUGUGAAUCAGAGGUGCUGGGUUUCCAGUUGCGUGGAUGUAGAUGAUCCCAAACACUACAUUACAAAGGAGUUAAAUAAUGACUUUUUAAACAGUUGUGAAAUGUUGACAUGAAAACAUGCACACGUCCUGACGAAACAUAUAUCCCUGAACCAACAUCACGAAAACAGAUUCUCUGGUGAUUUACCUCAUUGCUGUUUGUGGAAUCUUGCUGUUCAAAUUGGCUGCUGUGUUUCCAGAGUUACCAAAGUGAGUGUGUUUGAAAAGUACUUUGUGAGCUUGUAAACAUUGUGAUUAGAAAUGCAAGUUUUAUUCUUUUAAUAUUUGCUGACCUGGAGCAUUCCUUUGUUGCCGUUGUGAGAUUGACUGGAUUUACUACUGUGUUUCUGGAGCAGAAAUACAAUUUAAUUAAGGUAUAACCUCUCUAACACGACGAGGCACUGAGGCACAGGUCGGGUUUGUCCCCUCUCCAUAUGUAUCAUGUUACAAAUGGAGAGAGGGAGAAGUGUUUGUUUAAAGACACAGGCACCCAGUAUUCUCUCUCAUCCACAGAGCAGCAGCUCAACAAAAAAAGCAGCGUUGCACAAAUGGCAGAAAAUUACUUGAACUGGGAGAAUAUUAAUUAAUAAAGGUAAAAGAUGUGAACAGCUGA